AUGGAGGAAGUUUCAGCACUGAUACAUUGUGAACUCUCCCUUCUGUUGCUUAUCACAAUCUUUCUUUUCUCAUGGUUUAGUGUAACAACCACCAACACCACUGCUGCCGCCACCGUCGUUAAACCACCUCGAGUGUCCAUGAAACUUAUCCACCGUGAUUCGAUUCUCUCUCCAUACUACAACACAGCUGCCACCAUCUCAGAACGUUUUUGGCGAGAUGUUAAUAGCUCAAUGGCUCGCUACGCCUAUCUGAAGGCAAGGACUAACAGUGCUUUUGCCACCAGUGAUGAUGAUGUCCGCGGUGGUCUCAGCGAACAUCACAACAUUAUGCUUCUCGUAAAUUUCUCAAUUGGCCAACCGUCUGUUCCACAACUAGCGGUGAUGGACUCUGCGAGCGACCUAUUAUGGAUACAGUGCUCACCUUGCAAAAAAUGUUUUAAGCAACUUAGCCCUAUGUUUGACCCUUCCAAGUCAUCCACGUAUCGUAACUUACCCUGCAACUCUCCCUAUUGCCCCGUGAACCAGAAAUGUGAUUCUGUAAGAACAUGUGAGUACCAUCGAAAAUACGUAGACACCACUAGCACACGUGGAAAAUUGGGCAUAGAAGAGCUUCGGUUCAUGACGUCUGAUGGGGGUACAACAAGCGUUUCUGAUGUGGUGUUUGGUUGUGGGGUUGAAAAUCACGCUAUAACGGAAGUAGCAAAUGGGAUUCUUGGACUUGGUCCACAGAAAGAAUCGUUGGUUUCUCAAAUGGGUAGUUCUCAAUUUUCGUAUUGCAUUGGCAAUCUAGAUGAUCCUCGCUACGAGUACAACCACUUGAUAAUAGGAGACGGCGCCAAAAUAGAAGGCUACUCGACACCAUUAGAAGUGUUUGACAACACCUACUAUCUUACCUUGGAAGGCAUAAGCGUAGGAGACAAACAACUUGACAUCGACCCAAAGAUAUUUAGAAGAAGAGCGUCUGGUGAUGGUGGAGUGUUCAUCGACUCUGGAACGGCUGCUACCUUUCUAACCAGAGCUGGGUACGAACCGCUGAGGGAAGAAGUGAGAAGCUUGAUAGGUACAAUAUUACAAAAGGCAAUCAUCCAAGACCUUCCAGACUUGCUAUGCUAUGUCGGAGAAGUGAGCCAAGACCUAAAAGGGUUUCCAGUGGUCACAUUCCACUUUGCGGGAGGAGCUGAUUUGGUGUUAGACGCGUACGCGAUGUUUCUUCAGCUUCGUGAGGACUACUUUUGCAUGUUUGUUAGGCCAACUACGUUUAGGGAGUCGACGGUAAUAGGAAUUAGAGCCCAACAGUAUUACAACAUUGCUUAUGACCUAGACGGAAUGAACCUUUAUUUCCAGCGAAUAGAUUGCGAACUUCUUGAGGAUUGAAUACAAAACACUUCACAUUUUCUCGUCUUUGAACCAAAUAUACACAUAAAUGAAUGUCCGUAUGU